CGGGCCGCCCUUUGGACACCCUGCUGCGGCUCGGAGCAUCUGCUGGUCUUCAUGCAAAGAAGGUCGGCGGACAGCUUUGUUCGCCACACGCACAUCGGCGGCACGGCGUCGAGUCAUGAGAUGGAUAUUUUGUGGCAAUAUCAGUUCAGGAUGAUAUUACUCGGGGAUUCGACGGUGGGGAAGUCGUCGCUGCUGAAGCGCUUCACGGAUGGCGUUUACACCGACGUCGCCGACCCCACCGUCGGGGUUGAUUUUUAUGCCCGCUCGCUUGAUAUCGAGCCUGGGGUGAAAAUCAAGCUGCAGCUUUGGGACACUGCAGGCCAGGAACGAUUCAGGUCCAUUACAACGUCGUACUAUCGGAAUUCUGUGGGAGGGCUUUUGGUGUUUGACCUCACCAGUCGCAAAAGUUUUGAGCAUGUGCGGGAGUGGCACCAGGAAGUGAGCGAGCACAUCUUGCCCCACCGAAUGGUCUUCAUUCUCAUCGGUCACAAGAGUGACCUGAACAAGGACCGCAGAGUUGGGCGGGACGAAGCUGAGCAGCUGGCGUCCGAGCUGGGCAUUCGCUACGUAGAGACAUCCGCCAAGUGCAACAGUAACGUGGACCGGGCCUUCGAGCUGCUAACCAGGGACAUCUACGAGCUGAUGAAGAUCGGCGCGGUGGUCACGCGAGACGGCUGGGACGGCGUGAAGAGCGGCCUCACUGCCAAGGUCCUCUACCCAGCCGACGAUGAAGAAGAGCAAGCCAGGGCGUCUGCUGAGAAAAGCUGCCACUGCUGACUUCUGAAAACACUUUUGUCGUCGUCUCACAGUCGUCCGUCGAAACCCACCGCCCUCCACUUCCUUGUGCUGUGUGCCUUCUUCCUGUGUGACUUAUACAGGACGACAAAACGAUACACACAGCUCGCGCGUAUCAGAAAGUGUUAUUUACCGGUCAUUUGGCUGUCGUGUGUGCUGAUAUGUCCAGGACAAACAAAACCUAGCAUGCCGUGUCGGUCGAGCUUUUAGGAUUUCACGACUUCUGCAGGGUUUGCUUGUGACGUGACUCAAACGUAUCAUCAGUGUGUUCCACACACGCAUCACCACACGAAUCCCAGGGUUUUUCUUUCCUAUUUUGGACAGUUUCCGGAACCUGCAGAGAUCUUUACAAGGAUCUUCUAGUCUAUGUGGAGCUGUAGCAAUUCAUGAUGAAUCAUCCAGUCAAUCGACAGCCAUUUUGGUAUUUGAUUCAUCGUUUUGGGAUUUUUUUGGUAAAUAUUCUCUGAUUUCAACCGCUCAAAUGUGAAUAUUUUUUAAUGUCCUUCAUGGAACUAAGUAGAAGUGACCAGAAGGACAAGAUCGUUUCCUGCGUUUCUUCCGUAGGGUGGCUGGGCUCUCCCUUAGCGAUAAGGUGAGAAGCACUUUCAUCCGGGAGAAACUCGGAGUACAACCGCUGCUCCUUGGCAUCGAGAGGAGCCAGAUGAGGUGGCUCGGGCAUCUGGUCUGGAUGUCUCCUGGAUGCCUCCCCGGCGAGGCGUUCAGGGCACGUCCGACCGGUAGGACGCCUCGGGGAAGACAUAGGACCCGUUGGAGAGACUAUCACUACGUUUACAUGCAGUCAAGAUUUGGGUUAAGGUCAACAUUCCGGUUUCGGAAACAUUCGGAAUAAUCCGUUUACAUGUGUGACGUGAAAAGAACAAAAAACAAAACGAAAAAAAGACAACGUCUCGACGCACGGAAAACAUCACGGCGUCAUUUCUGCUUCUUCUUCCUGCUUCCAAAAACAACAACAACACCGGCGCAGCGGAUAAUGAACGCCUUUGUUAGUGUUUUGGUGCUGGUACCGACCCACCACCACUACUUCACACUAUUCUGUGUCACCUUCUUCAUGAAUGGAAGGGGAGAACGUGAGGGAAUAGGAAACGGAGCCGGGGCUGUGCCAUCCGCAUCCAUGCUACAUCCACCCGAGCCCCCCGGACUCUUUGGAUGAAGAUGCGUUCGUACAAACCCUGCUUCGGGUAACUUCUCGCUCACCUUCUGAUAGAUUUGGCUAUGGCGGUACUUUCUACCGUCUCUAAAAGACAUAAAGUUCCUGUCUUUCACCACACCAACGAGGUGGCUUGUUACCUCCUCGCUCCAAAAGUGUGGGGUUUUGCGUGUCGUCAUGUUUACAAGUAGUUCCUGCCAAAGACACAAGAUUCCUUUCCAAUAGAACAUGCGCAGAACACAAAUGAAUGUUCCUUUCGUUUGAGAUAUCCCAAUAGGCGUAUACCUGACACGAUAUUCUGGUUAUGGUAGGGAUAUUUGAUUGCAUGUAAAGGUACUCUAUGUAUCUCAACUGGCCUGGGAACUCCUUGAGGUCCACCGGGAGGAGCCGGGGAGAGGGAAGUCUGGGCUUCCCUGCUUAGGCUGCUGCCCCCUGCGACCCGACCUCAGAUAAGCGGAAGAAGAUAGGUGGAUGGAUCGUCGUCCAUGAAAGCAGACCUGUUAUCGUUGUGUUUUAGGCAAGACAAGUUAUUCACACACAUCGGCUUUGACUUUGGAAAACAGUGAUGGAUAUUUCUGCCUCUUUUCUGAUAAGCACUAACUGUUUGUAUUUGCUUCAUGUUGAUUUGAUCCGCCGGGGGGGGGUGUCCAAAGGUUUUCCAGCGAGGGCCACAUAGUGAAACAUGAAAGGGGAAAAAAGUUGUCAUUUUAUGAAAAUAAAGUCAUAAUAUUGUGAGGAAAAACCAUGUAAUUUUUUGACGAAUAUAUAUGUAUUGUAUUAUGAGAAACAAAACAAAACAGAGAACGAAGUUGCACAUUUCGGAAAGCAAGGCUGGGAAAAAGUUAGGAUAUUAUAAGAAUAAAGUCAUAAUAUUCCGGGAAAAGAGUCAUCAUUUUAUGUGAAUAAAGUCGUAAUAUUCUGAGCAAAGGCGUGUAAUUUUUAGAAGCGUAAAGUUGAAGUGUUAGAGAAAAAAGAUGUUCUUUUCUAAAGUUGUCAUCUUAUGAGAGACAAAACAAAGAAUGAUGUCGCACAUUUUGGAAAAUUAGGUCGGGAAAAAUGCCUGAUAUUAGGAGAAUAAAGUCAUGAUAUUAGGAGGAAAAAGUGGUCAUUUUAAGAGAAUAAAGUUGUAAUAUUCUGAGGAAAAAAACUGUUGAAAUAUUAAAGAAAAAAGAUGUUAUUCUCCAAAGUCUUGAAUGCUAUGAGAGACAACACAAAAUAAAGAAUGAAGUUGCACAUUUUGGGAAAAUUAGCUUGGGAAAAAGCUGAAAUAUUACCAGCAUAAAGUCAAAACAUUAUGGGAAUAAAAUCAUAAUAUUUCAAGAAAAAGAAAAUGGAUAUUUCUUUUAAAAAAAAAAACAAAAAUUGUAUGUACAAAAAAGAGUGUAAUUUAAGGAGAAAAGGUCAUACUAAUAAAUGUAUAUACGUAACUUCUUAGCAUAUCUCCGUGGGUUGGUGUACAAAAUGGAAAAAAGGCACACGUACAUGCUUUGAUUUUUCAGGGUGUGGCCCUCGAUGCAAAAGGUGUGGACAUGCUUGACCUUCCAAUAGAGGCUGCUAUCACACCGCAGGCAGGCCCAUCAGCAUUUCCACUGAUAUAAUGUAGCUCCACGCUAGCCGCUAUACUACCCUGACCCGGGGACAGGGUAAGCGCUAACGACAAUGGAUACAUGUACUACUUGAGUUUCACAUUUGUAAAUAUGCUACUGAAGGCGUUUUGUAUGUGCGUUUUGCAUUUUAUGGUAACACUGUACAUAGUUUUAGUAGGAUUUUGUCGAUAAGGUACCCUGUGGUGGACAAGCUAGGCUAGGCUAGGCUAAAGCCUGCACAUAAGCUAACUGGUACAGAAAACAGACAGAUGGACGUACAGUAUUACAACGAGGUUGUCCAAAAGUUUCCCCUACUCGAGCUGCAUACAUAAAAAUUGAAGGGUGUGUGUGUGUGAAGGUCGAUAUAUGCUAGCUAGGCUAUCUGAACAAAACAUCUUAGCCUUGCGUUAUAGCUGACAUAGCACGGGAGUUUGUGUUUGAAUAUGCCACAUGUGUGUGAUUUUUGUAUUCUUUUGUCAUUCCGCUUUGUUCCCAUUGCAUCUACAGACUUCAAUAAAUGGACACUAUAUUGGCAAAA